AUGUGCUUGGGUGAAAAGACUGACUCAAAUUGUGAAGACAACACAUUUCUCAGUAUUACAGAUCUGCAUGUUGAGAAUGUAGAAUAUAGUGUGGAAGUAAAAACGACGUAUGAAGUUGAUGAUGACAACAAUGAAUUUUUGGCAGAUUCAAAACGUGACAAUAUCUGUGCCAGAGAUCAGAGAUUGUCAAAUCGUGAAUAUAAUUUGCAUAAUAGCUGUUCAGAUGAAAAAUGUUUUCCUCACUCCCAAGGGCAAACUGUUGUACCAUACCUGUCAGAAAACUCUCUUAGACUUUGGCGAGAGAAAUAUAACUUAAAAGAAUGUUCUGUUCGCGUAAAGGACUGUGUUUCCAAGGACUUGCAAAACUCACUUUUCCCAGUUAAAGUUGAUGUUCAGUGUACAGAUUUAUCUGAUACCUCUGCCUUCGAUACUACUAAAUCGCCUUCUAAAGUGCAUCAGGUUUCACUUGCGACACCUACAAGUGAUUCUGGCAUUAGCAGCACUGAUGAAGAAUUGAAAAUUUGUGGGGGAAAUGAUGCAGAGGAGCUGAAGGAACAUGCAUUAUCAUGUUUGGGUUUUGUAGCUUCCAGCCGUUUGCUGUCAUUAGAACAGUGUAGCAGCAGCAGGAGCUUUGAAAAUUUUACUGAGGCCAGUUCCAAGAAAUUGUGCAAUGAUGAUAUACCAAAGGAUGAGUUUCUUGAAUGCAACUGUUUGGAAAAUUUGAAACACAAGUCAUCCUUAACAUUUCUGUCUGUAAAAAAUAAAGUUAAUUCCAGUGAGUACACGUCAGUUCUGCAGUUUCAUCAGGAAAUGGAAGACAUCCUAAAUAAAUCUCACUGCUCUGAUUUACUUCAGCUAUAUUAUCACAAUAUGCAGGAAGUUUUCCCAUGGUUUAAUCCUAAAUUUGCACGUGUUUCAAAUAAUCCUGUUUGUGAACAUAACUCACAACCAAGUAAGAGGAGAAGAAUCAUUUCAGAAAAAUCUAGCACCGAUGAUCAUAAUAGUUCAAUGGAAGUGUCAAUAUUGGAUGAUUCUUUUCAUGCUGUUCCUGAUAAAAUGUUAGGGAAAUCCUUAGAUGAUUUCUACAGCGGGUAUUCUGUCCAGGAUAAUAGAGUUUGUGUCCUUUGUAAAGGUGUUGGUGAUGGGUUGCCCGCUGAAGAAGGCAGACUUUUGUACUGUGGACAGAAUGAAUGGGCACACACAAACUGUGCUCUGUGGUCAGCAGAAGUGUUUGAGGAAAUAGAUGGAUCACUACAGAAUGUUCACAGUGCAAUGUCUCGAGGCCGUCAGAUACGAUGUGAUCAUUGUGGAAAAAGAGGUGCAAGUGUAGGAUGUUGCACACGAAAUUGUCCAGAAACCUUCCAUUUCCCCUGUGCGAGGAAAGUGAAUUGCACUUUUAUGGAUGACAAAAAUGUUUUCUGCCCAUCCCAUGCAAAAGGUGCCACUGGUAAAGUUCUGCACAAUGAAUCAGAUUUUGAAAUAUGCCGCCCAAUUUAUGUGGAACUAGACCGUAAAAAGAAGAAGUUUGCUGAACCUAAAAAGGUUAGGUUAAUGAUUGGUUCACUUUCAGUUGAAAAUAUAGGAGAAUUUGUUAGUGAAGUUUCUGAUACUCCAGAGGCUAUUAUACCAAAUGGGUUUUCGUGUACAAGAUUAUUUUGGUCUUCGAUAGAACCGUGGAGAAUAGUUCGAUAUCACAUUAAAACUGUGCUAUGUAAUAAAAAUGUACCUCAGUCUCCUGACUGUGGAAAACACAUGACAGUAGAUCAUAGUCAAGAAAGGCAUGUAGUCGAGGAAAAACUUAAUGAAAUUUCCAAAUGGAGACAUGAAAUUAAAACAAAUGACACAAAGAAUCUGAAAGAUAACUCAAAAUUAUCUUCUAAAAUUAACCAGAAGAAAUUUUCCAAAUUUAAAAGACGAAUUCCGUACCGCAAGUAUCAGAAUAAGCGAAAGUGUCAUUCACUUGAUGAUAAAAUUGUUUAUCAGGUUGUCAAUUACAUGUUAGACAUUGUGAGCAGUAAAGAUGUUGAUGAGAAUUCACUUCAUGACUCACAAAAUGCAGCUGAUCUUUUGCCUCCUGAACUAAAAGAAGCUAUUUUUGAAGAUCUGCCUCACGACCUUAUAGAUGGCAUUUCAAUGCAGGAUAUAUUACCGAAGCUGAUGGUAUAUGAAGAAAUGGGGGCUAUGGAGAAAAGUGAUGGAUUUUAUGGGAAUGAUCCAUCAGUGACAGAAAAAGAAAUUAGUAGUACAGAUGAGGCUAAUCUCAUAAAUAAUCACCAUAUGGGAAACACCAAAAAACCUGGUUUUCUAGAAGUGAGUGUGCAAGAUCAAGAUGAUUUGUGCCACAAGAGCACUCUUUCAAAGCAAAAGUCUGCAGAGAAUGCCGGUUUGAGUAAAAAUAAAGUAAAACGAACCAAGAGAAUGAAACUGAGAAGAACAAAACACAAUAAUGUUGUCGACAUUACAUCUGAUGAACCUCCUAAAAGACGGAAACGAGCGUGUAGUACGACAUGGAAUUGUAAACGUGAUGGUAACUACUCUUCGGCAUACAAAAGACGGAAAUUAUCUCACACCGUUGGAAGGAGUGUGUGUGAAAAUCCUUUUGUUGUUAUUGUUGAUUCAGAUGCAUCACAUACUUUGCAGGAAUUGCGCUUGCCAGAAUGUGGUCACGUAACACUUUCAAGAUCACCGCCGUCGGGUGUUUCAUCUACUGCAACUGAGUCACCUGCAGAACUCAAGUGCGGAGUCGAUGAGGAGUCGCCGUCGGACAGCAGUAAGGGGAAAGUCACACUCACAAAGGAAGAAGGGAAGGAAAACAAAUUCCUACCUUGGAACAGCCGCCCACAAACACGAUUCCUCCAGUUAGAUGGUACUGUCGAUCCCUUGAGUAGCAGUGGCAGUGAAGGUGGUCGAUCUCCUCGUUCUGAUGAUGAAAAGCUUUCAGAUUUUAAUUCUGGAGGUAAUUUUGGAGCUGUUUGUAACUGUAGCUCUAGCUCAAGCCAGGCGCACGGAAAGAGUUGGUACAAGACAUAUGAUACUGAAGAAGAGCCAGUGCGCUGCACUCAGUGUCGCUGUACCUACAGGACAAAGAAAAGUUUUGAGCGCCAUUUGUCAACAUGCUGCAAUGAUUUUAUGCUUUCGACAAGUGAAAGUGAUUCAGAAAAUACACGCUCUAGUGAGGAAGAAUGCACCAAAAAGCAGCAGUUUGAUACAACUGAAUCUUGUUGUAAUGUAGGUGAAAGUGUUCUGGGAGAGACUGAUGCCACAGAUUUGUCUAUGCGGAGUGAAAGUGUUGAGUGCUCUGCUACACCUCCUCAGAACUCACCUGUACUUGAAAGACUGAAAUUGAAGUCAUCCUCGAAGUUUGAAGUUGAGAGUAAUGUGGUCGACGGGGUGAGUACCCAUACGUCGAUUGUAGAUACCGAUCCGCAUUAUCAACAGCAUCUGUGUCAGGGUAACAGCUACAUCCAGGUUCAGUCGAGUCAGCAUUCUAAUGCACCAGCAGUAAUAAUGCAGCAGGUACCAUCUCCAAGCGUUGUUCCUACAUUUAUUGAAGCUUUCCAGCAACAAACAGGACAGAACUUACAGCUGGUUGCAACUAUUGAUACACAUUCUAAUGGGUAUAACAAACAACAGUUUGUCAGUGCAAAUCCUUUAGUCUCAGGAAAUUACCCUGUUCAGGCACCAGAAAGUUUUGUAAGGCUUCCCUUGAUGCCAAAUGUCCAGUCACCAGCUCCCCAUUCUGCAUUUCUUGGGACAGUACUUCCUCCCACACAGCAAAAUGCGGUUCAUUGUGUUUCGGCAGAGCAGACAAUGAUUGGUUGUACGCCAUCUUUGGAAAUGUAUGGGACACAGCCAGGAGGAAUGUAUUUAGCUGGACAGCCUAUGUAUAUUUCAAAUUAUGAGACAGUAGUCAGUAAUACAGUUAUGUCUUCGAGCCAACUUGUCUCUGCUGCUCUACCUGGUGUGGUUGCUGCGAGUAGCAGUUUUUCAGCAACUACGACACAAGUGUUUCAGGCUAGCAAAUUAGGAUCUGUAAUUGAAUUAACAUUAGAACCUGUUGUGGAAGUCCAGCCAAGUUACCUUAUUAUUAACCAACAAACUCCUAUUUCAAAUUCCCCUGUUAGAAAUACAGAGUAUGUAAACUGCCCACCUUCGACUGUCAGCAUGCAAGUGCCUUCGUAUGAUCACUCUUUCUUGCCAGUUCAACAAGUGUGCACAGAGGAUCAAGCUGUUCAGUACCCUGAAUCAUCUAGCACGUGUACAUCAGUUACGUUAAAGACAGUUAUGAGAAGCGAGAAUCGCAGGCGAACAAUCCCUGAAAUGACAAAGAUUGUGACACCCAGAUGUGCGAGCACCAGUGUUGAUGUGGCCCCUGAAAUGUCUAGUGUUGUGACUCCUAGGUGUGUAAACAGUGGUGGGCAUACGUGCUUUGAAAUGUCAAAGGUCAUGACACCCAGAUGUGUGAGCAAUAAUGGUAGCCCGAUUUCUGAAUUUCCAAAGAUCAUGACACCUAGACGUGUGAGCAGUAGUGUUGGCACAGAUCAUGAAUUUCCAAAGAUCAUGACACCUAGACGUGGGAGCAGUAGUGUUAGCACAGAUCAUGAAUUUCCAAAGAUCAUGACACCUAGAUGUGUGAGCAGUAGUGUUAGCACAGAUCAUGAAUUUCCAAAGAUCAUGACACCUAGACGUGUGAGCAGUAGUGCUAGCUCAGAUCAUGAAUUUCCAAAGAUCAUGACACCUAGACGUGUGAGCAGUAGUGCUAGCACAGAUCAUGAAUUUCCAAAGAUCAUGACACCUAGACGUGUGAGCAAUAGUGUUAGCACAGAUCAUGAAUUUCCAAAGAUCAUGACACCUAGACGUGUGAGCAAUAGUGUUAGCACAGAUCAUGAAUUUCCAAAGAUCAUGACACCUAGACGUGUGAGCAGUAGUGUUAGCACUGAUCAUGAAUUUCCAAAGAUCAUGACACCUAGAUGUGUGGGCAGUAGUGUUAGCAUAAAUCCUGAAUUUCCAAAGAUCGUAACACCUAAAUGUGUGAGCACUGGUGUGAACACAUCCUUUGAUAUGUCAAACGAUACAAAACCUGAAUUUCCAAAGAUCAUGACACCGAGAUGUGCUAGCACAAAACCUGAAUUUCCAAAGAUCACGACACCAAGAUGUGUUAGCACAAAUUCUGAAUUUCCAAAGAUCAUUACACCUAGACGUGUGAGCAACUUUGUUAACGCCGAUUCUGAAUUUCCGAAGAUCAUGACGCCCAGACGUGUGAGCAACUUUGUUAACGCCGAUUCUGAAUUUCCGAAGAUCAUGACGCCCAGACGUGUAAGCAACUUUGUUAACGCCGAUUCUGAAUUUCCGAAGAUCAUGACGCCCAGACGUGUGAGCAACUUUGUUAACGCCGAUUCUGAAUUUCCGAAGAUCAUGACGCCCAGACGUGUGAGCAACUUUGUUAACGCUGAUUCUGAAUUUCCGAAGAUCAUGACGCCCAGACGUGUGAGCAACUUUGUUAACGCCGAUUCUGAAUUUCCGAAGAUAAUGACACCCAGGCGCGUAAGCACUGGUGUCAACACGCCCUAUGAUAAAACAAAGAUCAUGAAUCCUAGACUUGGUGCCCACACACGUUUUGAAAUGGCAAGAAUUAUAACACCUAGAUGUGUGACCAGUGGUGUUAACACGAGUCCUCCUGCGUCACCUGUCAGAAAUGCUUGUGACAAAUGUUCAGGCAAGUCACAGUCUGACCGUGAGGACUGCCUUAUCCAAGCAGAGCAGCAGCUGUCUGAAAACAGUGGACAUCAGAUAUUCUGCACAUGUCUGCAAUCUAAUACCACUAUCCUUACAAAGCGUGCAGAAUCAGUGUCAACAAGAAAGAAAAACCAAAUUUGCUGUUCAUGUGUGUAUUGCUAUGCAUUUGAUGUUUGCUGUGCAUGUAAGAAGCGCUGUGAGGCAGCAAUAGGAGGACAAGUGCUGACGCAUGUAGUAACGGAAGACGGAGCUCUCAGUUUUAAUCAAAAAUCUUCGGAUAUUCCAGCACAUCUGACAAAUAAUCCUAGCGAAUUGUGGGUAAUCAAUAGAGAACCGGACCACAGUCUAGAAGUUAGCACAGAAUAUAAUGAACCAAAAUGUAUUGCUAAUUUGCCAAAUCGAGCAAUUAGCUAUAACCACAAUCCUUCCUCUAAAGAUCAACUUUGCAAUAAUGAUACGUCCACGUUCAAUACGUCAGCACCUACAGUCAUCAGUAGACGCCCUGGACACAAAGUAACAGAAUCUCCCUGCAAGAGGGAAACACUGUCACAUGGAAAAUACAAAAGAUUGGCUACUAGACAAACCAGUCCAGUUAAUGAUAAUUCAGUUGAAGAGCCAGAUAAAGAAGGGAACGGCAGGUCAGUGUUACACAUUACUGACGCAAUCCCACCCUCUAAAACAUCUGUAAACAGACAUAAUAAUAUCAAAGUAAAAGCUAGUAAUUUAUCUGACAAAUUAUCUUCAUCAAAACCUAUUUUGCAAAAGCAGGGAAAGUUCAGUACAUCUCUAACAAAUGACGAAAGCCGUAUUUUGAAACUGCAGAAUGUUAAUUUUGUUGAUGUUGUGGAAAGUGAUACCUUUGCAGAAGCUGUACUUGUGAACAGAGACGAGGAGGAGGAUGUAGAGUGUACCUCUGGAAUCAGCUUGGACCGUUCUCCGAAAAGAAAGCCUUCAUCAGAAUGUAACACUUCUGUCAGCAGCCCACAAUAUGAUGAACAGAAUGUGGCACGACUGCACACUCAGACAAAUUGUCCAGAAGAGAGGAAAUCCUUUUUCACAUGCAACACUGUUCCACAAGUAAUUGCUGAUGUGUCUGUAUAUAGCAGUGACACUGAAAAAGAAAGAGCAGCAUCUCCAUUGCCAAAAGAUGACUGUGAUGGCAGUAGCUGUGGCGGUGGUGGUGGCAGUGGUGGUGGCGGCUGUGGCGGCGGCGGCGGCAGAAGUGCUACCAAUAACAGGGGCAACUACAUGGAUGUCAGUGAUGAAGAUAAUGCUGGUGAUGCUUAUAGCAGAUUUGGAGCUCACAGUGAUUGUAAUACUGGUGGCAGUAUUGAGAAAGACAGUAGGCCAGAUAUACGUGAUUUGACUACUGAAAAGAAUGUCGAUGACAGUGGUACUAAUGGUUACAAUGAUGAAGAGGAUGACGAUACCGAAUGUUGUGAAGAUGAGGACGAGGAGGAAGAGGAAGAAAAUGGUGACAAUGAUUGUGACGAAGGUGACGAGGAUGAGAAUGAAGACGAUAGUGGUGACGAGGAUGAUAAUGGUGGUGAUGACAGUAGGGACACAUCACCAGUAUACUGUAAUGGAGAAAAUUCUGAAGAAAAAUCAUCUUAUAUUAUGUAUGAAAUCUGUUCUCAAGAUGGUUUUUGUUGCACUUCAAAAUCGUUUAGUGAGGCAUGGCAGAAAGUGUUUGAUGCUGUUCAGAAUGCUCGAAUUGUGAACAAAAUGCCACCACUACCACAGAAUCCAUUUAGUUUGACGCAGAAAAGUUUACAGAUUCUCGGCUUGAAGCAUAAUGCUGUUAGAUAUCUCGUUGAACAAUUACCAGGAGUUGGUCGAUGUGUGAAAUACAAACCUCGUUACCACAAACAACGGACAUCACGACCAGAGGAUGACUUGGACACUUUGCCACCUCCUAAUAAAAGUGGAUGCAUUAGGACUGAACCUUUUAAAUCUCGAAGACCUUAUGACAUGUUCAGUUGGCUGGCCUCCAGCCACAGGAACCCUCCGAAAUUUGUUCAACAAAAUGACAGCGAGUUAAUGAGCAACAGGCGUGCAACGAGCUCCAACCUGCCAAUGGCUAUGCGUUUCCGGCAUUUGAAAGGAACAAACCCAAACAAAGCUGUUGGUGUUUACCAGUCCCAUAUUCAUGGAAGAGGACUGUUUUGUCUUAGAGAUAUUGAAUCUGGUGAGAUGGUUAUAGAGUAUGCAGGUGAAGUCAUUCGUUCAACUCUUACAGACAAGAGGGAGAAAUUGUAUGAAUCUAAAGGCAUCGGUUGUUACAUGUUUAGAAUUGAUGAUCAGUUAGUGGUGGAUGCUACUAUGCGUGGCAAUGCAGCGAGGUUCAUCAAUCAUUCCUGUGAUCCCAACUGCUAUUCUCGGGUGGUGGACAUACUGGGGAAGAAACAUAUUUUAAUAUUUGCACUUCGUAGGAUUCCACAAGGAGAAGAACUGACAUAUGAUUACAAAUUUCCUUUUGAGGAUGUAAAAAUACCAUGUACCUGUGGUUCACGAAAGUGCCGCAAAUAUCUAAACUGAAAUUCUCGUUUUGUGUAUAUGUAGAUAUGUGUGUGUGUGUGUGUGUGUGUGUGUGUGUUUUUGCUCUCGCGCUCACCCGUGCAUCAAUAUGAGCGUGUGGCUUGAAGACGAGAACAAAUCUCAUAACAAUUUUUCAUGUGCAAGGUGUUUGUAAAAGUGGUGACCAAAUAUACUCUUGUGAUAAAAAUUAUUGUAAAAGUGUAGUUCUUAAAGUAUUCUAUUUUAAAAUAUGAACUUUCAAGUGUGUUGUUGGAGGAAAUUUUUGGAAUAUUUUUGAGCUGUGAAAUGUGAUAGAUAUCCAAUGUGACAUUCAUUUUCAGUUCUUUGUUUAAUUUUCCUACUUUUUUUUUUAAGUAACUGUAUUCUGAUAUAUAAUUUUGUAUGUUCUGUGUUAAUUGAAAUGGUGUAAUUUCUUCAGUAUGUGAUACUUGUGUAGGUCUGAGUUCCAGUACAUGUGGGUAUGAACAUAAGUUUUAUUGCCCAGGCUGAAAACUUUGCAUGAACAGGGCAAAUUAUGGCAGACCUCUCCAUAUUUUUAUUUUGCUAAUGCAUUUUCCUGUUAGUCUGUGAGUCAUCAUAUGUGAUUGAAUAAAAGAAGGGACACUGAAAAUGGCAAAUUGAGGAAUUAACCAAUUUUCAUGUGACUGGUGACAGAGUAAUUUUGAACUAAGUAGUCUUGAUAUGGUACCAAAGAUUUCAUGUUGUCUUCAGUCCUGCUCUUAGUAAUAUGUUAUGGUGAUAAUUGUACAUUCAGCCAGGAUGCAUAUUACUGUAAUUGUAUAUGUGUGAGUCAUGUAAACAGCAAAAUUUGUUUUCUAAAUAAUUCUAAGUUUUGAUUGCUUUGUUUUUAAAACAACUGUUUAAUUUUGAGAGACUCAAGCCUUUCUGGCAAUGGCUGGGUGGCUACAUGAGGGCUAAUAGCAUAUUUGAAAUAAUUGUCUGUGUUGGAAUUUGACAAAAAAAUUCAUUGUAGACACUGUGUCUCCCCUCUUUGCAAUGUGCCUAAAUGGAAAGUGAGCCACGAGUAUUAGUCAGAAAUAGUAAUUUAAACUGUGAGUUACUGACACAUCAGUAUUUUGAGGAACAGGAUCUGCAGCAGUUGCAUAUUAAUGUAUGUUGACUUCACUAUAAUUUUAUCAGAAUAUAUUGCCAUCUUUACUCAUAUUUUUAAUUAAUGGGACAUCUUGACUGAUUGUAGAUGAAAAAUGCUAAUGCAGCUUGUGUGAUUUAUUUCAUAGUAAGUUAUUAAUUUUAAGCACAUGUGCUGUAUCUGUAACUGGCUGAACAGCUGCCUUAAAACCAUUUAUCAGACACUAAAUAAAUUCUUAAAUUCUGUGCUGUGAUAUUCCGCAGUCCUUUACAUAUGGUAAUGAUUGUGUAGCUUUAGUUUACCUUAAAAAUAGGAAAGACAUACACCUUCUUGAUAUUAUGUUGCGUCUGCUUUGGCAGAAGUGGUACCAUAGUGGAAGAAUAGCAUGCUAACUCUAAUGUGAGAGCAACUACCAGUCCAUUUUGCAAAUGUGACUGGUGCCUGUAAUCACUUAGAAUGAUAUCCCUGCACUGGUUGUGUGUAGGAUGCCUGUAUCUGGGAAGCAUGACUGCAUCUUGCUUUGAGAUACCUGAAUUGUGGAAUGUGGGUGACAUUUGGAUUCUCGUGAAAUUAAAGCUUGCAUAACACAUGGCUUUUGUAACACUACACAUUGCAUUCGCAGUAUUGUAUAUAACAGCUGACAGAAAAGUUUAAGUGUGUUUAUUGUCAGUGUUACUUAAAUACAUCUACUUGAUUUCGAUGUCACAGGACCAGCUAACUAUAAAUAGAUACUGAAAUAGAAUGGAAUGUUCUGGUAAGCAUUGAAAAAUGUCCCCAUUUCUUGUAUCAUUGCAGAACAGUAAACACCCCAGCAGCUUCACAUUCAAUCUUUCGUGUUCAGGUGAUAAAGAAGUAUAUGAAGUAUUUGAGCUCAAUGUUAGUAAUUCACAAGUGUACUAUAUGCAGCAGAUGAAAGAGAGAGAGAGAGAGAGAGAGAGAGAGAGAGAGAGAGAGAGAGAGAGUGUGUGUGUGUGUGUGUGUGUGUGUGUGUGUGUGUGUACAUUUAGCGACUGUAAGAAUGCUUAAGGGAAUGUCAGCAACGUGAGGAUUUUUUUAUACAUAAAUUAAUCACGAAGUUGCAGCAUGUUGACUUUAUUGGGUAAAUCCUCCAUAAAAGCUUCACUAGUCUAUUGGUGGAAGCAACCAUGCCCUGAAGUGAAGUUGUUUAUGGUCAUAAUAUUUUAACUUUGCCAAAAGUAUUGAUUAAUACACUGGUUGUGUAAAUUUUAGUGUGUCUUAGAUUAUUUUCACUUGAGUUAUGUAAAAAUGAUACAAAGCAGUUUGUUCAAAAUGGAAUACAUGAAUGAAAGAGUUGCGUCUAUACUGGUAGGGCAUGAAAUUGCUGAAUCUAGAGACCUGCUGACUGUACCAAUCACUGAAAGGGAUAUGAACUAAACAAAUUUGUUCCCCUUUCUUAUGGCACACUGUCCAGACUUACUUAUUUACAUAAUUGAAAGUAAAUUCCUGUAAUGAGUCUUCUUAUUGACAUUUACUGUAUGGAGCAUGGAUAUAUAAAACAAUUACAUAUAAGACUACAUACAGCCUUACCCAUUCAGGUAAUCUAAGUUCCAUUUGUGGUAUGUAAUGGAAUGCUGUAAUAUGGGAUAUGGUUUAUCCACUAAAUUAGCUAUAAAUAGGAAGUGAAUAUUUGAAAGAUGGGAAUGUAGGUUAUUGGCAAUUUUACAUUUUCUAGA